GAUUUCGACUCAGCUUACGGCUCUGAUCAGGACUCUAUAUAUGCUAACUCUAUCGCCUCUUCCACCUCCAACUACCAAUACGAAAACGGCCGUCGCUAUCACGCUUACAGAAAGGGUCAGUACGUGCUACCCAAUGAUCAGGAGGAGCAAGGACGAUUAGAUCUUCAGCAUCACAUAUGGCGGCUGUUAUUAGGCGGCCAACUCUUCACGGCACCGUUGGCGUCGCCCGAGGGCGAUGAUGGGCUGCGCAUUCUCGAUUUGGGUACCGGCACAGGCAUUUGGGCUAUCGACAUGGCAGACGAGCGUCCAAAUUCAUCUGUCUAUGGCAUCGACCUGUCGCCAAUCCAGCCCGAAUGGGUGCCGAAUAACUGUCAUUUCCAUGUAGACGAUUACGAAGAUCAGUGGGCAUUCCGAGAGGACGAGAAAUUCGAUUACAUACAUGGACGAGCCCUCUGCGGCACAUCCGGUGACUGGCCGCGGUUCUACAGCCAGGUCAUGGAGCACCUCAAGCCGGGUGGAUGGAUCGAGAUGCAGGAGUAUGACGCGUGGAUAUUCAGCGAUGACGAUAGCUGUGACCGCGCUCCGUGGACUAUGGGAUGGGUCGACAAGCUGGAGGCUGCCAGUAAGCUGUACGGCAAGCAGAUUAAUGUUGCACAGUUCCAGAAACAGUGGAUGAUAGAUGCCGGGUUCGAAGAUGUUGAGGAGAGGAUAUACAGGAUACCAAUUGGACCAUGGGCCAAAGACCCUACUCUAAAAGAGCUGGGCAGACUCGAGCUUACCCACAUGCAAAUGGCUGUAGACUCACACACGCCAGCUCUGUUCACUCGCGCAUUGAACUAUUCCAGAGACCAAACCAAUGUCCUCAUGGAGGGUGUCAAGAGCGAGUUUCGAAAUCGAGACCUCCGGCUCAUUACUAGCUACCGGUUUAUCAUUGGGAGGAAACCUCUCAAUCCUUAG